CACCUCCACUCUUCUUCCCCCUCAGAAGGCAGGAAACGUCUUUGUGGAAGAUGGGUGUCUACCGCAUCCGCGUGUCCACGGGGUCCUCGCUCUUCGCGGGCUCCAACAACCAGGUGCAGCUGUGGCUGGUGGGCCAGCACGGGGAAGCCGCGCUCGGGGAGCGCCUGCGGCUGGAGCGGGGCAAGGAGAUGGAGUUCCAGGCGGACGUGAAGGAGUACCUGGGGCCGCUGCUGUUCGUGAAAAUGCGCAAAAAGCACCUCCUACAGGAUGACGCCUGGUUCUGCAACUGGAUCUCCGUGCAGGGCCCUGGGGCCGGUGGGGAGGAGUUCAGGUUCCCAUGCUACCGCUGGGUGGAGGGCAAUGGCGUCCUGAGCCUCCCCGAGGGCACAGGCAGGUCAUUGGUAGAGGACCCUCAAGGCCUGUUCAAGAAACACAGGGAGGAGGAGCUAGAAGAGAGAAGGAAGCUGUACCGAUGGGGUAACUGGAAGGAUGGGCUGAUCCUGAAUGUGGCUGCGGCCAAUUUAGGUGACCUCCCACUAGAUGAGAGGUUUCUGGAGGACAAGAGAAUUGACUUUGAGACUUCACUGGCCAUUGGCGGGGGUAUCUGGUGGGCACCUGGCCACUUACCCUCUUUCCCCCACACUCUAUUCUCCCUCCAGCUCCAAUUGCCAAGCACUGGAUCCCCACCACCACCACUUUUCCUGCCCACGGAUCCCCCGAUGGCCUGGCUCCUGGCCAAAUGCUGGGUCCGUAGCUCUGACUUCCAGCUUCACGAGCUUCUCUCUCAUCUUCUGAGGGGACAUUUGAUGGCUGAGGUUAUCGCUAUGGCCACCAUGAGAUGCCUUCCAUCGAUACACCCUAUCUUCAAGCUGAUAAUCCCCCACCUGCGAUACACCAUGGAAAUUAACGUGCGGGCCAGGAAUGGGCUGGUCUCCGACUUGGGCGUUUUUGACCAGGUGGUGAGCACCGGUGGGGGAGGCCACGUGGAGCUGCUUAAGCGCGCUAGAGCCUCUUUAACCUAUAGAUCAUUCUGUCCCCCUGAUGACCUGUCUGACCGGGGGCUUCUGGGAGUCAAGUCCUCUUACUAUGCUCAGGAUGCUCUGCGGCUCUGGGAAAUCAUCUAUUGCUAUGUGGAGGGAAUUGUGAGUCUUCACUAUAAGACGGACAAGGCGGUGAAAGAGGACCUUGAACUGCAGACCUGGUGUCGAGAGAUCACUGAGAUUGGCCUGCUAGGGGCCCAGGACCAAGGUGAGUUGAGCCCCUGCCCUGAGACCUCCAGUGUGGAAGGUUCCUCCUGGGAACAUCCCCAGAACCCUCCCUGCUUCUGUGAAACUCUCCAGAAGCAUGUCCAACCCCUAUUAGAAUGCCCAUAGCCUCUUCAGAUUCUUACGCAAGAAGAAUCCCUCUAGGUCCCAGAUGCAGUGGGACCAGUGGUUGCUCAUAAAUGCUUAA